UUCCAGAUGGGCCGCACUUCAGUGGCUUUGCGUGACACUAGCUUAUCAUGUUAAUUAAGGUUCAAGGUGGUUCUCACUGCAGACUACCAGAAAGUAUUAUACACGCUAAUUUUGAAGCGAUGAGUGAACACCAUUGCAGCCACGCUGUCAUGCCUAAAUCUUUCAUGGCCUUCACUUCACUGGGCCUAAAAACCUACACUAAAACCGGAAAACCUCCGGCCAGAGGUGUUUUUUGUUUUGUUCCGUCGCCAAGGUUACGCCUAUUACUUGGCGGUUUCGAACGUGGUCGGCUCCCUCGGUGCCUCCAUGGGCGCGGUCUUGUUUCAGUACAUGCAAACGUGGUCUUUCCGGAGCGCCUUCUAUGUGACCACCUUUGUCGAAGUGGUCGCAUCCUUGUUCGAUCUUUUCAUCUUGAACCGCUGGAACCUGCGCGUCGGUAUCCCGGACGCCUGGGCGUACCUCUUCGGCGAUGCCGCGUGCCAAUCCAUCGCGGCCCAGAUGAUGAUCAUGCCUCAGGCCUUGCUGACGGCACGACUGUGCCCACGUGGCGCCGAGGCCACGGUCUUUGCCAUUCUCGCGGGUUUCCAGAACUUCGGGGCCAACAUAGGAUCCAUCCUGGGAGCGCAGUUGGCAGAGGCGACUGGCAUUGUCAUGAAGCGCAAUGGGCCUUGUGAGUAUCAAACGCUCCCUCACCUCAUCGUGCUGUGCCAUGUGGCAAUCCCUCUGGCGUGUUUACUCCUCACGUGGCUGGUGCCAUCCGUCGCGAUGAAUGAUGAGAGCGCCUUCGCCAUGGACUCUCCACCGCCCUCCUUCGCCUCCCCCGGGCCUUCGCCGCCCUGGUCACCCGAGACCACGCCGCGCGCGCAAGAGGAAGAGGAUGAGCCUGGUGGUGUAGAAGGUCACACACAGGAGUACUAUUUGAUGCAAGAGGAUGGCUUGAUCCUGAGACAAGUCUCGGGAUAGGUGUCCUGCGCGUCGGGUGCGUGGGAUUUCCGCGCUUGCCGCGCUGGGGCGAUCAGGAGCGGAGAUCAAACCAUCUCAGCCCGUGAUGGCAUUGCUUAGGAGUUGGUCAUUGCGGAUGAGCCAGGAUCAAGAAAUUCUCUGACACGUGUGGGUCUAAGACGGUUAACGCUGGG